AUGUUUGCUUUAGAAUUUCAAGGAAAAAAUGAAAUGAAAAUGCCUGGUUUUGAAAGUAUUCGCCAAUCUGGUCAACCAAUAUCCUCAAAUGAUUCAAACAAUUUAUAUCUUGGAGAACUUUGUCAAUCCUUAACAACAACAAAAGAAUUAAAUAUUUCUGGGCAUAUUUUUGUUCCUCGUGAAUUUCUUUUUCAUCAAUUAGAAAAAUAUUUGAAUACUUCUCUUUUGCGUUAUAUACAUUUAAACAAUGAACAACAGCAACAACCAUUAGAAUGUCCUAGAAGACCUUCUGAAAUGUUGGCAUUUUUAAGUGCUCAAUUGAAUGCUUUACAACAUUUGGAUAUUUUUUACAAUUUUGACUUAACUCGUCUCUUUAAUGAUACACUUUUGCAACAGUCACAAAGAGAGGAUGCCCAAGGGAAUGAAACACUUGCUGAAAUUUAUUCAAAAUGGUAUUUGGAGGUUUUACUUCGAAAAGCGAGUACUUGCCAUCUUCUCUACUCUGAACAUAUGCAAUCGUUUGUUAAUAAUCCAAGUUUGGACACACCAGUUAACAACAAUAAUUCGUCUACUCAACUAUUUCGAGCGGAAAGAUUUACUGAUCCUAGAGAACUUCGUUCUCUAUCACAAAUUAUUGGCCCAUUUGGAAUUAAAUUUAUGGAAGAAAAACUUGUUUGGCAUAUCGCAAGUCAAAUUACCGAACUUUUCAAAAUUGUGAGAGAACAUAAUGAACAAUUACAUAUUGCUCGUGUUAAUUAUGAUAAACCUGAAAAACUUAAAGAAAUUGUUACUUCCUUAAGUACUUCAUUAGACUCGCCUAGUGGAAGCGGUCACAAAAAUGAAAAACGUAGCACCAACACAACUCAUGGCAUUUCUCCAUUAGAUUCAAUGUUGCAAAGAGUUAUUAUAAUUGGUGAAAUUUGUGCUUUUCGAGAUAUGUUAUUUUCAGCAUUAAAUGAUGUUUUAAAACAAAGAGCGCCUUUUUUAAUUAAUUCAUUAUCUUCUUUAAUUAAUUCUCCUUUGGAUGAACUACAAAAAAUUAAUAUUGGAGAAGCUUGUGCUGCUUCUGGAUUUAAAUUAGAUGUUGAUUUAGCUUUGGCAAAUGCUAUUAAACAACAGGCUAAUACAAAUGGGUUGGAUGAUCCGAAUGAACAUUACAAAAUUUCCUGUCUACUUAUUGUUUUUAUUGCCAUUUCUUUGCCUCAUUUGGCACUCAAUCCCCAAUCUUGUUAUAAAGCGUCACUCUCCGUUACCAAAAAUAAUUCUCACACAAUCCCUCUUGCUGUAAAUACUAUUACUGGAGCAUUAUUUUUUCUACAUCAACGUGGAGAUACUGCUGAAAGAAUGCAUGAAUUUCUUGCGGUAUUUUUUAAAUUAUUAUUUUUAUUUUUGAAUAAUUUUAAAAAUAAGGAUCGAGUAGGGAUUUGGUCUCUUUAG